AUGGCGUCUGCUAGCUUAGGGAACGGUGGAGUUGGCAGUUCAAGGUCGGUGAAUGGCUUCAAGAGUUCGUCUAGUUCGGUUGACUGGCUCGGGAGGGAGAUGCUUGAGAUGAGAUUGAGAGACAAGCCGGAUCAUGAUGAGGAUAGAGAUAGUGAACCGGAUGUCAUUGAUGGUGUGGGUGCUGAAACAGGGCAUGUAAUACGAACAACUGUUGGUGGUCGAAGUGGUCAAUCUAGGCAGACUGUGAGUUAUAUUUCAGAACAUGUGGUUGGAACUGGUUCUUUUGGGGUUGUUUUCCAGGCAAAAUGUAGAGAAACUGGAGAGAUUGUUGCUAUCAAGAAGGUCCUUCAAGACAAGCGCUACAAGAACAGGGAGUUACAAAUUAUGCAAAUGUUGGAUCAUCCAAACAUUGUGGCCCUAAAGCAUUGCUUCUUUUCAACCACAGACAAAGAAGAGGUUUACUUGAACCUCGUACUUGAAUUUGUUCCUGAAACUGUUAACCGUAUUGCGAGGAACUAUAGUAGGAUCAACCAGCGGAUGCCCUUAAUAUAUGUUAAACUUUACACCUAUCAGAUCUGCAGGGCUCUUGCUUAUAUACAUAAUUGCAUUGGAAUCUGCCAUCGUGACAUUAAGCCUCAGAACUUACUUGUGAAUCCUCACACGCAUCAGCUGAAACUUUGUGAUUUUGGGAGCGCAAAAGUAUUAGUGAAAGGAGAACCAAAUGUUUCUUACAUCUGCUCAAGAUAUUAUCGUGCUCCAGAAUUGAUAUUUGGUGCCACUGAGUACACAACUGCUAUUGAUAUAUGGUCUACAGGUUGUGUGAUGGCUGAAUUACUUCUUGGGCAGCCCUUGUUUCCUGGCGAAAGUGGAGUUGACCAACUAGUUGAGAUCAUUAAGGUUUUGGGAACUCCAACUAGGGAGGAGAUAAAGUGCAUGAAUCCAAACUAUACUGAAUUCAAAUUCCCACAGAUAAAGCCUCAUCCCUGGCAUAAGGUAUUCCAAAAACGCUUGCCCCCAGAAGCAGUAGAUCUUGUUUGUAGGUUUUUCCAGUAUUCCCCCAAUCUGCGAUGCACUGCUUUGGAAGCUUGCAUUCAUCCUUUCUUUGAUGAAUUGAGAGACCCAAAUACUCGUCUUCCUAAUGGUCGCCCUCUUCCUCCUUUAUUCAACUUUAAAUCCCAGGUUAAAAACAAGGGGUUUUACUUCUUGUGCUCUUAUAAUUGGCAUGGUGUUUGGGAGAUGUGCUGUCAUGGCAACCUUUUGGGUGGGGUGUGGGUGGAGAGGAAUAGAACUUUUGGAGGGUGGAGCAAGGGAUGUGGAGGUGGAUCUUCUAUGGGAUAG